UUCACUAUAAUUCAUUAAAAAAGGGCGUUGCAUUUCCAACGAAUACCCUUCCUUUUUCAACGGUUGAUGUCUCCACUGUUUCUUUCAGAAAGUUGACAACAGAUUUACAAAUUUAUACUAUUACCCUUUUUUCUCCACAGAGCUUUCUUCUACCAAUUUUGCUUUCCUUAGUUUUGAGGUUAAAAUGGAUCCAAGAUUCAAUAGUUUUCCAACUUCUGGAUUCAGUCUGGAGAACCAAUCGUUACCCAUUUCUUCGAAUCGUUGGAAGAAUAAUGUACCAAGAUUUGAAGCUAUUUAUCAAGAUCAGAAGCUAGUCAAUGGUUCAAGAUUUGAAAAUAACUUUGUUCCAAACAAUGUUAGUGGAGUUCAAUCACUUUCUAAUGUCCCUUUACCAACAAGUAACAUAGCAUUGACUUCUGAUAUUGGUACUGAGGAUGAAUACAAUGAAGAUUUUGAUUUCUCUGAUACGGUUUUGAGCUAUAUAAAUCAGAUGCUUAUGGAAGAAGAUAUGGAGGAUAAGACACAUAUGCUUCAGGAAUCGUUGGAAUUUCAAGCGAAAGAGAAGUCAUUUUAUGAGGCGCUCGGCAAGAAGUAUCCACCUUCACCUCAGCAAAACCUGUUGAUUACUUACCAGAACGGUGAGAUACCAGAUGAGUACUGCUCAGGAAGUCUGUAUAAUUUUGCGAGUAAUAGCAAUGACAGUAGUGGAGACCUAAUUGAUCAAACGGUUAAUGGUACUUACUCUUCAAUUAGCUCAUCGAGUAGCUUAAAUAAUAUUGUAGAUGGGUUCUUAGACUCUCCUGUAAGUCCUCUUCAUAACCCUGAUAUAUAUAACGACAGCUACCCGAUUUGGAACUUUAGGAAAGGAGUGGAAGAAGCAAACAAGUUCCUCCCAACUAAUAUUAAGUUGUUAGACAAUGUGGAUAUCAAUGACUUGUUGCUUCUGGAGAAAAGAGGGGAAAGUGGUUAUGCGGCUGCUCGGGUGGAGAAAAGGUAUGAGGGAGAGACUUCACCUACAGAGCCGAGAGGGAGGAAGAAUCCUCAUAGAGAUGAUAAGGAUUUACUAGAAGAAGAAAGAAGUAGCAAACAAGCUGCUGUUUAUACAGAAUCAACAGUUCGUUCAGACGAGUUUGAUAUAGUUUUGCUGCAUAGCUUGGGCAAUGGGAAGGAAGCGUUGGAAGCUUAUCGCGAGAGCUUGAAGAAUGCUAGAAUGAAAACUACGGUGCAGAAUGGGCAAUCAAAAGGAUAUAAUGGAGGGAAGGGCCGCAGCAAGAAACACAGUGGUAAAAAGGAAAUCGUAGAUUUAAGGACUCUUUUGAUAAAUUGUGCACAGGCUGUUGCUGCUGAUGAUUGCAGGAGUGCAACUGAACUGCUGAAACAGAUCAGACUCCAUUCAUCUCCUUUCGGAGAUGGCAAUCAGAGAUUGGCUCAUUGCUUUGCGGAUGGUAUGGAGGCACGCUUGGCUGGCACUGGUAGCCAGAUUUAUAAGGCCCUCGUCAAUAAAAAAACAUCAGCAGCCGAUUUUUUAAAGGCGUAUCACUUGUAUCUCGCGUCAUCACCAUUCAGGAAGCUUUCGGUUUUUGCCUCAAACAAGACAAUCAUGACAAAAGCAGGGAAUGCUGCAAGGGUCCAUGUCAUUGACUUUGGUAUCCUCUAUGGCUUUCAAUGGCCUACGCUUAUUCAACGUAUCGCAGCAAGAGAAGGUGGGCCCCCUAAGCUUCGGAUUACUGGUAUAGAGUUUCCCCAACCUGGUUUUAGGCCAGCAGAAAGAAUUGAGGAAACAGGACGCCGUUUGUCUGAUUAUGCUCAGACCUUUAAUGUUCCAUUUGAAUACCAUGCAAUUGCAAAGAAAUGGGAAACUAUCAGACUUGAGGAUCUAAAGCUUGAAAAAGACGAAUUUCUUGUUGUCAAUUGUUUGUAUAGAUUUAAGAACUUGCCUGAUGAGACCGUGUUAACUGACAGCUCGAGAACUCUUGUUCUCGAUCUUAUAAGGGAAAUCAAUCCAGACAUUUUCAUCCAUGGGAUUGUCAAUGGGGCUUACAGUGCCCCAUUUUUUGUCACGCGAUUUCGUGAGGUCCUUUUUCACUUUUCUGCACUUUUCGAUAUGCUGGAAGCUAAUGUACCACGUGAGUCUCCAGAACGAAUGUUAAUUGAGAGAGAGAUCUUUGGGAGGGAAGCCCUGAAUGUCAUAGCUUGCGAGGGGUGGGAAAGAGUAGAAAGGCCAGAGACAUAUAAGCAAUGGCAAGUUCGUAAUCUAAGGGCAAGGUUUACACAGAUACCUUUUGAACGGGAGGUCAUGAAUCGGGCAAUAGAAAAGGUGACAUCAAGCUAUCACAAAGACUUUGUAAUCGACGAAAAUAACAAGUGGCUAUUGCUAGGAUGGAAAGGGAGAACAAUAUAUGCCUUAUCUUGUUGGAUACCUAUUUAAGAAAUCUGCAAUGCAUGUUUUUAACAUGCUUUCUUUUGAACAUAAAUUUGUCCUUCCACAUAUUUGGAGAAAUCAAACAAUACAGAGGUAACUUGCAAGCUCAUGCUGUUGUUAAAGCUAAUAAAUGUUUGCUCACACGAGCGAUACAAUGUUUACUUCAUUGCUAAACUUCAGCAAGCUUCUUCAGUACUGAUCAAUAGAUGAUCAGACAAGGUGAGGCUUCAGAAAAUAUUCUCGCCAACUGAUGAUGAAGUUGAAUUACCAGCAGAUAAUCAUUGCUGCAAAGUGUGUAGCACAUACCUGCUACCUUUCACCAGAACAAGUACCUGGUAGCUCUGCUCAUCAUCGAGUUUUAGGCAGAUAGGAAAAGAUUACCUAGUGUUUUUUGUCUCUAAUGGAAUUUGAUUUCUUGUCGGUCGAGGCCUUUUAUCCCAUUUCACUGACCAUAAGGCUACACCCUGGGGUGCCUUAUGUGCAAGGCGUUUGUUAUUAAACAUUAUUGUAUAAGUUUAACAAGUCUCGAUUGUUAUCUUGUCUGUUUCGCUUCGUUAUCCAUCAUUUGGAUUUCCAUUUGAAAAGAGAACAAGUUUUGCA